AUGGCUUCACCUGACAAUCCACGUUUACCAUUAACAUCUGGUGCUUCACCUGUUGUUAAAUAUAUGGAAAUGCGUGAUCAAACACAAACACCAUCAACUAGUAUUACGAUUACAACAGCACAAUCAUCAUCAUCUACUUCAAAUCAACCUAAAGCUCAAACAAAUUUAUCAAUAAAUGAAUAUGAACUACGACGUAUGCCAACACGACAACGACGAGUUGUUAAGAAAACUUUAAUGGCUAAUGUUGGUUAUCGUUUAGGAAAACGAAAAAAUUUACAUAUUCAACGUCGAUUUGUUGGUGAUUUAAUGUGUGUUCUUGGUCUAUUAGGUAUUGUUCUUAUGAUAAUUGAAUGUGAAUUAUCAUUUAAUCGUCUUGAUCAUAAAGAUACAACAUUUAGUUUAUUUAUAAAAGCAACAAUAUCAUUUACAUCAAUAAUUCUUGUUGGUCUAGUUUUUUAUUAUCAUCGUAUUGAUUUAACUCUAUAUUGUGUAGAUAAUUCUAUUGAUGAUUGGCGUAUAAGUUUAACACGAAAAAAAAUGUUUCUUAUUAUGUUAGAAGCAAUGAUUUGUAUGAUACAUCCAAUACCAGGUCAUUUUCUUGUUGAAUGGGGUUCACAAUAUGUUAAAAAAGCUGAAGAUGGAUUAAAUUUUAUUAAUCCUUAUCGUUCUAGUCAAAAUGUUUUAACAACAGCAAUAGUAUUAAAUUCAACAACAAUGCCAACAAUAAAUACACCAAUAUCUGUCUCAUCAACAUUCGAUACAAAUAAUAUGGAUCCAACUAAACCAUAUGUACCAAUUGAUGUUAUGCUUAGUUUACCAAUGUUUUUUCGUUUAUAUAUUGUUUGUCGUUUAUUAAUGCUUCGUUCACAUUUGGUUCGUGAUGCUUCAUCACAAUCACUUGGUUAUCUUAAUCGUGUUUCAUUUACAUUUCCUUUUGUUAUUAAAGCUUAUAUUCAACAACAUCCAGCAAUAUGUUUAACAACAUUUUGUAUAAGUUCAUUUUUUAUUGCAAGUUGGGCUAUGCGUGCAUGUGAUUUUAAUGAAAAAACAGGACAUAUGUCAAUGCUUGAUGCAACAUGGUUAUUUGUUAUUUCAUUUACUACAAUUGGCUAUGGAGAUAUUGUACCGUCAACAUAUUGCGGACGAGGUAUUGCUGCUAUAACAGGUAUUAUUGGUGUAUUUUCGACUGCAUUACUUGUUGCUGUUAUAACACAAAAACUUGAAUUAACAAGAUCUGAGAAAUAUGUACACAAUUUCGUAGCAAGUAUUGAAUUAGCUAAAGGAUUUAGAGAUCAAGCAGCAAAUGUUGUUAAAUUUGGUUGGAGAGUUUGGUAUUUAAAACAAAAAGGUAAACAUAUGAUUAUUCCAUAUAUUCAAGCUCAACGUAAAUUAUUAACAUCAAUACAUUAUAUGCGUAAAAUGAAACAACAACAACGUAAAUUAAAUGAUAAUUGUGUUACUUUACUUGAAUUAUAUAGUGUACAAAGUAGUACUAGUACAACUGUUCAAGACACAUCACAAAAAGUUUCUUUAAUGGAAAAUAAAGUUGAUAAAAUGGAAGAUAAACUUAUUGAAAUAAAUCAAGGAAUGGUUACUUUACAAGAUAAAAUUAAUAUUUUAUUAAGUAGAAUUCAACAAAGAUAG